UCACACUCUCCGGUGUUGAGAAUGAUUUAUAAUCACACUCUCCUGUGUCACCCAAAUGAGGAUGGGUUCCCUUUUUGAGUCUGGUUCCUCUCAAGGUUUCUUCCUCAUACCAUCUAAGGUGUGUGUGUGUGUGUGUGAGUGAGUGUAUGUGUGAGUGAGUGUGUGUGUGUGUGUGAGUGUGUGUGAGUGUGUGUCUGUGUGUGUGUUUGUGAGUGUGUGUGUGUAUGAGUGAGUGUGUGUGAGAGUGUGUGUGUGUGAGAGAGAGGGAUAUGCUACAGGUCACUACUGAUCUCUCUGCUGCUUGACCUUUGAGCGUCACGUGACUGAGACUGAGCCGCAGAAACGAUCAUGAAGUUCAUGAAGCUUUUCAGACACUUAAAGACAAACAUCAUUGGCAUGAUCCAUGUAGGAGCUUUACCUGGAACUCCACUCCACAGAUCUCCAGUUCCUGAGCUCCUGGAGCAAGCCUGUAGAGAAGCAGAAGUUUAUCAGCAGGAGGCAGUAGAUGGGUUGCUGAUUGAGAACAUGCAUGACGUGCCGUAUUUAAUGUGCUGUAAAUGUUCAGGGCUGGAUUUUAUCCGAGCAGAAGGCUUUGUGUUUUCUCAUGUGGCUGAUGAAGGUCUGAUGAACGCAUGCGCUGGUGAACUGCUGAGAUAUCGCAGGCACAUUGGAGCAGAACACAUUCAGAUAUUUACUGACAUAAAGAAGAAGCACAGUGCUCAUGCGCUCACAGCUGAUGUGUGUGUUGCUGAGACGGCGAGGGCUGCUGAGUUUUUCCUCUCUGAUGGUGUGGUGGUCACUGGACCUUCCACUGGAGUUCAGGCAAAUCCUCAGGAGCUGACCGAGGUGAUGCGCUCGGUCCAGAUCCCGGUUCUGAUCGGUUCUGGAGUGACUCAGGAGAACAUGGAAGAUUAUCUGCAGGCUGACGCUCUGAUUGUCGGCUCACAUUUUAAAAGCGGCGGCCGCUGGGAGAACGGUGUGGACCCCGUGAGAGUGAAGAGGUUCAUGGAGAAAGUCCAGAAACUCCGCAACUGACCGCUGAAUCAGCUUCCUGUUAAU